AGGGGUGUGUCUUAAGGUACAAAACUGCUGGAAGUUACACAAUCGUGUGAGACAGCGACUGGCUCUGUUUUCUUUCACAUUUGCCCUUCCUGAAACCGAAGCUGUUUAUGAGAAACAGCAUGUCAACGAGGCUGUGCUGAAUUAACGUUCUUCAGAGUGUUUUUCACCUUCUUCAAGACAAUAGUGACGGAGCUCGGACCCAGAGACGCUGCCUCCUCGGGAGCCAUGGAGGACCGUCGGGGGGCCGCGGCCACGCUCCUGGAGGACUGCCGGCGCCUGCUGGCCGGGCUGCCCGAGGCGCCCGCGCCAGACGCAAGCGAGGACGUGCUGAGCGGAGCUUCCCUCCCCAGCGAGCUGAGGACCCUCAUCCAGGACGCCAAGGACAUGAAGUGGCCUUUCGUGCCUGAGAGGUGGCAGUACAAACAAGCCGUGGGCCCGGAGGACAAAGUCAACCUGCAGGACGUGAUUGGCGCCAGGCUGCAGCCGCUACUGGUGUCCUUGAAGGCCUCCAUCCUGGCCCGGGACUACGCCACCGCGGCGGCCAUCCUGUUCGUGAGCGACCGGCUCCUGUACGGGCUCGACGCGUCCCGCCAAGCCCUGCAGGUGGCCAAGGGGCUGCACAAGCUGUGGCCCGCCGCGCCCGUGGCCCCGCAGCUGGUCAUCCGCCAGGCCCGAGUGUCGGUCAACGCAGGAAAACUUCUAAAAGCAGAGUAUAUCCUGAGCAGUCUGAUCAGCAAUGAUGGAGCAACAGGUACCUGGCAAUACAGAAACAAAAGCGACCGGGUCCUGGUGCAGUCCGUCUGCGUGCAGAUCCGAGGGCAGAUCCUGCAGAAGCUAGGGAUGUGGUCCGAAGCGGCAGAGUUAACGUGGGCCUCGAUCGCAGGGUACCUGACGCUUCCUCAGCCGGAUAAGAAGGGCAUCUCCACGUCGUUAGGGAUUCUGGCAGACCUCUUUGUGUCUAUGAGCAAGCAAGAGUAUGAGAAGUUUAAAAACAGCCCACGGAUUAACUUGGGCCUGCUGAGGGACAUGGACCACCGCCUGCUGCUGGCCGCUGAAGCCUGUAAGCUAGCGGCUGCCCUCAGUCCCUACACGCCGCUCUUCGUGCUCACGGCCAUGAACAUCCGUGGCACGUGCUUGCUGUCCUACACUGGUUCUAACGACUGUCCUCCGGGCGCAAGAACCGCGCAUCUGAGGGAAGCCAGAGAGGCCUUCGAGAUCGGCCUCCUCACUCAGAGACGCGACGAGCCAGCAACGGGAAGGCAGGAGCUCCACAGUCUCCUCAGAGCGGCGUUCGGCUUGGCCACGGUGCACUGCCGGCUCCACGGGGAGACUGGGCCAGGCCGGGCGGCCCAGCAGCUCUGCUGCGAAGCCAUGGGGAAGCUGUACGCAUUCAGUGCUGCUGCUGGGAGUCAGGAGCGAGCCGUUCUCGCCCAGGAGGUCAUAUGUGUUGUUAGGCAGGUGAGGGACCAUUUGCAGGUUCAGAGCUUUGCAACCUCAGAAGACGGGGCUUAUGUCCCAGCGGGUUUCGAGUGUGGGCUGCACAAUCCCAUCCUGCACAGUCAAGUGGAUUUCCAGAAAAUCCUUGAAACCUACUCACAGCACCACACUUCCGUGUGUGAAGUAUUUAAAAGCACUUGUGAAAACAACAAAAACAAACAGAAAGAUGCCAACCCGGGAGUCUGCAUCACGGCACUUAAAACAGACACAAAAAGCGUAGAAACCAUGAUUACAGAAGACAGGCCGAGUCUCCAGGCAGGUGGGGGGAUGCCCUGCUCUCAGGUGGCUCAGAACGACUGGGAGGUACCCCGGAGGGCGGGAAGGAGAGGCUGGGCCUGUUCAGAUGCCUUCCGAGUCCCCAUGGACCCAGAUGUGGGGACCGAGAUGGAGUCACCAGGCCACCACAGCGGCAGGGGAGCUAUUUUGAGUGACAGCCAGAGCUCUUGCUCCUGGAGCAAGUUAUCAGGGUGCAGCGCUUCCACCAGCUGGGAAGAGGUGAGUGACCACGGAGACAAGAGCCCAACCAGAGGACAGCCUAGUGGAGAGCGCCUGGCGGACACUCAGGGUCCUGCAGCCGGCGUGGGAGUGCAGGGCAGUGACGAGGGAAGCACAGCUCUGUGUUCACUGGCUUCAGAGCUUCGUGGCCUCUCUUUCCCAGGGUCCAAGGAAGAUAGUUUAGAGUCCUGUCCACCUCACAUGCCCUUGGCCACUGGCCCCCCUCAUGGUGCCAGGGCCACACUCGUGACCUCCAGCGCAGAGUGGCUGGAGGAGGGUCUGGAAGAAAUGCAAGAAGUCAGAACUACAGGCUCCAGAGAUGCUUCUGCUCAUUCCAGAUCCUUGUCUGGGUCUGCUUCUUGGUCUCCUGAUCCUGGUUGGCCUAAGAACAUGGCUGCCCCUCCUUCAGUCCAAGAAGAGACCUUUGAAAUAAUUGAUGACUUUCCAGAAACCAGCUGUGAUGCCAGAGACCGGUCUGGAGGAGACAAGGGAGAGCUCACACACGGCACUGGCCUUGCAUUGACAGGGAGCCCCGCCAAGGUGGACCCGGAAGGGGAAACGGCAGACAGCACAGAGGACAUGCCCCUGGGCUCCCAUGGAGGCAUGGGCGAGUCUCUGGGCAGAAGUUCCACGGUGGCACGUCACUCUGUCACUCCUUCCUGGCCUCAUCAGAACCCAGACAGGGGACAAAGCAGGGGCUCAGCCCCAGAGCCGGACGUGGACCCUGACGCGUCCACGGUGGAUGAGCAGGGCCAGCUUCUCCAUCCCACAGGGCAGUGUGAGAACCUGAACUGGGAACAGAGCAGGGGCUCAGCCCCAGAGCCAGACGUGGACCCUGACGCGUCCACGGUGGAUGAGCAGGGCCAGCUUCUCCAUCCCAUAGAGCAGUGUGAGAACCCGAACUGGGGACAGAGCAGGGGCUCAGCCCCAGAGCCGGACGUGGACCCUGACGCGUCCACGGUGGAUGAGCAGGGCCAGCUUCUCCAUCCCACAGAGCAGUGUGAGAACCCGAACUGGGGACAGAGCAGGGGCUCAGCCCCAGAGCCGGACGUGGACCCUGACGCGUCCACGGUGGAUGAGCAGGGCCAGCUUCUCGACCUGAUGGGGCAGCGUGACCAUCCCGGGCUGUGUGCCCCAAGGCAGCCCUGUGCUCCAGGGGCUGGGCUGCCCCCUGCCCCCAGAAGCCGUGAGGACUGCACGACCACUGAGGAGGGGAAUGCGCCUGAAGACGUGCUCAACUGCAGCCACAACUCCAGCUCGUCCGCGGCAAGCUGGUGGAGCUCCCCCGUGUUCUCCAGCGGGUCCUCGGAGGGGGACAGCCCCUGGUCCUGCCUGAAUUCCAGCGGGAGCUCUUUCGUUUCCUUGGCAGGGUCAGUGAGGCAGGGGACCCUCGAGGCUCGCACCCUGCAGCCCGAUGACCUUGAAAGGCUGCUGGCAGGGGUGACACACGAGUGGCUGUUCCAGAGGCUGGAGCACACAGGGGUGUUCAAGCCCAGCCAGCUGCGCCGGGCGUAUGAUGCUCUUUUGUUGAAAUAUUCUAAGAAAUCUGAAUUGUGGACGGCCCAGGAAACUGUGGUAUACCUGGGGGACUACCUGAACGUGAAGAAGAAAGGCAGACAGAGAAACGCUUUCUGGGUCCAUCAUCUUCACCAAGAAGAAACGCUGGGGAGGUAUGUUGGGAAGGAGUACAAGGACCCGAAGAAGCUGUGGCUCCAUUUCUCCGAUGUGGAGCGGCAGAUGACCGCCCAGCACUACGUGACCGAAUUUAACAAGAGACUUUAUGAACAGAAGAUCCCCACGCAGAUAUUCUACAUCCCGUCCGCAAUACUGCUGAUUCUAGAGGGCAAGAGGAUACAAGGAUGUGUCAGUGUGGAACCUUACAUUCUGGGAGAGUUUGUAAAAUUAUCAAACAACACGAAAGUGGUGAAAACAGAAUACAAAGCCACGGAAUAUGGCCUGGCUUAUGGACAUUUUUCUUAUGAGUUUUCCAAUCACAGAGAAGUUGUGGUAGAUUUACAAGGCUGGGUGACUGGUGACGGGAAGGGGCUCAUCUACCUGACAGACCCCCAGAUCCACUCUGCUGACCAGAAAGGCGUCGCUGCCAACUUUGGAAGACGGGGCAUUUCUUACUUCUUCAACCACCAGCAUGUGGCCUGCAAUGAGAUUUGCCGUCGUCUGUCUCUGACCAGGCCGUCGGCUGAGGGCCCAAACCAGCCUCGGGCGGCGCAGGUCGGGGGCUGACGGCAUGAGGCGAGCUCUCUCCUGCAGGUACGUGGGGCUCGCAAAGCCUGGUCCAAGGGGGCUGGGUCUGGGCCGUGACUUGUGAGGGGAGCUGGUGAGUGUCAGUCAGUUCCAGGCCCACAUUGAAUGACAGUGUGAGGCCUAUGGAGGCUCCCUGCUUCUGACACAACCACUGUUCUUCCCUCACAGUCCUUUCCCCCAAUACAUGUCCCGUGUGUCUGAUCCCUUCUUAGGAUUGGCUCCUUGAAGAACCCGUACUAACCAGUUUCUUAAAGAAAUGGGAAAAAUUACCUUAUUAACGAAAUAAAGGGAAGAAAUCAUACUAUAAUAUCAAAAGAUGCAAAAAAGUGACUUAAAAUUGAAACUCAAUUCAUGGUUAUAAGCUCUUUGCAAACAGGGCAUAAAGCAAUGACAGAAUUGGGAAAUCUCCAUCUUGCAUUAAUGAAACGGACCCGGGCCAGGUGACCAUGAAGGGCACACUGUCCACGGGCUGGGGGGACUCAUGCUGGCGGUGCUGACGGGGGCCGCUCCCCCUCGGUCAGCCUGUCCCCUGAAAGUGGGAUGAGAAACCAACGACAAAACAGCACCUGGGGACAAGCAGGGAUUUUCCACGUGAGCUGGGUGUUCGGUACCAUCAGGGAAGUGAUGUCUUUAACAUUUCUAAUUUCCUUCUCUGGUCUUUCAUAUUUCUUUCUGAUAGCAAAGUUGAUACUGGGAAAUUUUCAAGUGGUUUUUUUACAAAAAUUCCAUUACACUUUUCUAAAUUGAACUAAAUAGAUGACUUUGUAUUUUAAUCUUUUGCCUGUGGAGUUGUGAGAGGGCGGUAUUUAAAUAGCUAACUUCCAGAGGUGGAGUUAGACAGGAGGAGACUGGUUGUGUUCCUUGGAUGUCGGGAGGUCGGGCACUGUUCUCGUGGGAGGCAAAGCUCGUCUCAGCCGUCUGCACACACAGACUCCUCCACGCAGACUAGGUGUGAAGUGGGGUGGGGGGUGGUGAGAGAAAAACAAAUCUCUUUGUUAUGGUGCAUAAGCGGCGCGUGAGCAAGCUUCGCAGCUGUGCCAGGAGCUCGGGCUUUCAGCACAUAAAGCCAGUGUGAAUAAUCCUUUCUCAGAGCAGUGGCUUUGUCAGGUGAACUUGAACGGCGUCGGAUCUGCCCAUUCCCACCGCACUCGGCCUGUCCCCCCGGGGCCUUCGCCAUCUUGGCUGUUGUUUAAAGAGAACGAGCAAUCCAUCAUUGGCCCAGGGAGCCACUUUCUCAUGGAAAAGUCAGGCCAGCCUGUGACAGGGCGCUGCCCCAGUGUUCUGCAGAUUAAACGGCACUUGGCAACUCACGUGCUCCCAGAAGAUUAAGUGGGUUAUCUUGUUGUGCGGCCCAGACAAAGGGCUCCCCUCACAGGCAGGGGAGCCUUACAGAAGCUGGGAAGGUGGAAAACAGAAUUUUACAAGAAAACUUACCCAGGAUGUUAUUUUCCAUUUACCUAUCUCCCCCACAGACCACGGCACAAAGCAGAACCCACCUGCCUGGGAGGUGCAAGGUCAUCCCCAGGUAUGGCCGCCCCUUCCCGGUCUGGCUACAGGUGACAGAGACAUGGUGAUGCAUUUCCUGAGGGGCAUCAGGGGUCCUGCUGCUACAGUAUCAAGUUUCUAACAUGGUAACCCGUGGUGUGGUCCACACAGUAAUAAAAUCCUGCAUGAAUCUCCUACAGAGAUGAGCUUACAGUGCAAGCUGGGGGUGUAGCCUUUAACUUACCAAGCCAAAGCAAAUGUUUAUCAUAUUACAGAAAAUAGUAUUUUUUAAAUCAUUGAAUCUCUAGGGCAUGUGCUGUUUUUAGAACUGAUUUUCAAAAGCAAGAAGAAAAAUACAAACAUAGUGUUUAAUUUUAUAUUAAGUAAAUACAUUAAUUAAAAUUAUUGUAAGAACAUAUCUUUCUAAUUAAAUAUUUUUUAAAACUUAAAAUAAUGUAAAAGUUCAGUUUGUGUUUUGCCAUUUAGACACUGGGAAAGAUACAGACAACAGAGAAAGAAUCUCGAUUCCUUUCAGGUUCUGGUGGACUUGAGGCAGUGCUAUUAUCAGAAAUGUCUUCAUUAUUUAUAUUUGGUGCAUAUUGUGACACUGCAAAUUCUCUCUUAAAGUACAGGCCAUUUUUCUAGUGAGAGGGAUUUAGAAUCAAAGAGUGCUCUGUUACCUUUAACUGAAUCUUCAAACACACCCCCUCUCACUGCCUGUGCGUUCCCUAAACGUCCCGUCACAGCACAGGGCAGCCGUGGGCCGUGUGCACGUUGCUCACGCAGCACGACGACAGAGUCAUCCUCCACUUCCUAUACAAAUCACCAAAACAACCAGGGGCUGUAGAAACACUUUUGUUAGACAUUUGACAUUGUCUUGUCCAAAUAGCAGAAGGACCCACAGCGACUGGCUCUCAGUAGUGAGCCUUCCCUCUGGGCAGGGCACCUGGGGCAUCUGCAGUGUCCCCUUGGGCCAGACCGAGGUCCCUGAGCCACCUGCAUCAGCGGGCACAGGACCCAGGGACAGGAGCCUCUGGCCAGCUGCACCCUUCCCGGCCUCCAGGGCAUAUUUGUGUCAGAGCCGGGCCGGCCAGGCCAGCACACAGCCUCUGAGCCUGCGGCCUGCUUGCCCAGCACAGAAACACAAGGAAGACUCUCAAUGCAUGUAAAUGUUCAGAGCGAUGGGGCCCAGGGGCCUUUGCAAAAAUGCAAAGCCACAGAUUGUUCCAACAAAGGAAAUUUGAAAUGCCAAAGUCCUAGGGCUUCGACUGACCUGGGUAUUAGAGAGAGCACCACAGCUCUGUGCAACUCACAAUCUCCCGCCAGACUGGUCCGCCCACCCCUCCUGCCCCUCACGUCCCAGAGUCCCCACGGUGUGGCCUCUGCGCUGUCUAAGCUGAGCAAGGACACACACGCAGAAAGCACCACCCGCAAGCCUCUCAAGACGACAGGAUCUCAUGGCAAGGUGGAUUAAACUUGGCUUCUCUGAAAGUGCAUCGCCAAGUAUCAGCUCCACUACGUUCCCCUCUGGGUCACCAGAGGGACACAGACGGGGGGGGGGGGGGGGGGGGGGGGCGGUUAGGGGACAAGUGCACCCUGCAGGGGCCAGCAGCCUCUUGUGGUUGGCCGUGGCUGCACAGCAGUUGAUGAUUAGGAUACCGACAGUGCCAACUUGCCCUCGAUGUCAGAAGAAGGCCAGUCUUUGUCACCAAUAACUUUAAGAAUUAAAUAAAGUACAGAUCAGUAGGAAUUAAGUGCUUGGUCAUGUGGUGGACAUCAACUGUUUCAUUUCCUUGGCAGUUUUUGAAGAGACACGAAAAAUGCUGUGCUCAGAACAUCUGCGACCCAGAUUGGAUCUCAGAUACUAAAAGAUGAACUGAUUCUUGAAGAAAAUUAAUGUUUUAUAAUUUUGAAAAUCAACCCAGCUAUUAAGAAAAUACUGUUUUCAGGAAGGAUUUCAUUGUCUAAUACAGCUGACUCAUGCACCUGCUGAAAGAGAAGAGACUGCUAAGGUUUGCAUAUUUAUUAGGGUAUUUCCUUUGAAAAGAUUAUCUAUUCCCUUCUGCUGAAAAUGGGUUCCCUUUGUCCCUGCAAAAUAACCCUAGAGUUAUUUUUUCUUUCAACCCUAACAAUAUGUUUAUGAAAAGAAGUAAGGUUCAGAGAGCCACCAGCACCUAAGUCUAAAUGCAACAGUGUGACCUUUAAGGAAAUACACCCACUUUUUUGGUGGUGGGGGGGACCUUUUAAAAAUCCAGACCAGGUGGCUGCUUCUCAGCUGCAAAGGCCCCUGUCCACAACUUUAAGUAGAACUGACCCUUGGUGUCCCUCUCAGCUGUGGGAUGGAGGGAACAAGUGAGAAGACACACCCACCUUUCCACCCUAGGCCUGCACACAGAGGCUCAUGCACAGAUACACACACGUGCUCGUGCACACAGACACACGUGCACACACACUCAAUCACACACAGAGGCUUCCUUACACUGUCACAAAUUUCUGUGGCAGGGCCUCAAUCGCACAGUAAUUACUUGUUUAUGUGUCUGCCUCCCCAUUAGCUUGGGAGCACGUGACAGCGGGGACCUAGUUCAGUGUGUCAGCCCCAGGGCCAGCCCGGCCCCCGGCUGUCAGUGAGGCCUUGUUGAAUGAGCGAACUGAAUCAUUAAAACUCACAAGAUGAA